UUUGUUGUGAAGUGCAGGCUCGCAAAUCUGUCUUCCUUUUCGUUUUGCUUCGUUUUGAGAAAGUUAUUGCAUGGUAAGCGCUCUCAAUCCAUGUGAAAUAUCCGUUUACUUUACACAUCCACUGAAUAAAUGCAUUUAUUUGUAAAGCCCAUUCGUGAAUCUUGCGAGUCGUUACUGCUUGUUGUUGUGAAACCCCCUAAAAUAAGUAAUACUGGGUCAUUUUAUCGACCCUAUGACAAUUAAAUUUUAUACCCUAUUUAUUUUAAUAAUCGUUGCACGUUUUGGUUUAGCCCGUUGGUAAACUGUGUCUCACACGACGACUAAUUAUUAUGUUCUGAAAUUAUUAUGUUCUAUUAUAACUGUACUGACAGUACAGUCUGUGUAAAGCUCUCAAACAUAAUAUAUAUUUUAUAAUACUUUUGUUUGUGGAAGCACCACGUAAGUUUAUUACUUAUUAUUAUAUACCAAACUGUCAAAGUCGCAUUUUUCUAGUGUUUUAUUGGUCGAGAACACAUUGCGUGAGAGUGACAAAAUUAGGCUGUCUCCCUCACAACAGCUCGAGAGGGAAAUAAUACGUUAUCGACCAGUGUAUAACGAAAAAAAGUCAUGUGCGCCAUCACAUGAAGAUGGAACCUUUGGACAUGCCUAACAGCGCGCAAUAUUUUUAGCAUUUUUUUAGUAUUUACGUUCAUUUGUUGUUUCUUUGACUAUUGAUAUAAUAAAAUACUUAUUUACUGGGACCUCGGGAUUUCAAGCAGUAUGUUUUGUGGACCGUCGAUGUUUCCCUCAGCUUCACCUCGGGAAACAUCGACGGCCGAGGGAAACAUCGAGGGUCCACAAAACAUACUGUUUCCCUCGCUCCCAGUAAAUAAGUGUUAAUUAUUAUUUAUCACUUAUUUACUGAGACUGAGGGAAACAGUGUGUUUUGUGGCCCUCAACCGCCGUUGUUCAACAAAAACUGCUUUCCCAAGGUCUCAGUAAAUAAGUGUUUUGUUAUAUAAUAUACUGUAUAAGUGUCAAAGUAUGAGUAAUUCACUGUUUAUUGGAGUGAAUUUAAUUUGAAACCAAAACUGGAUAAAUGGAAUGCCGUAAACUAUUGUUUAUAUAUUUUCCUUCUACAGCUUCAUCUAAUCAUCUGCCAUUAUGUCUCAGCCUGUCAGGUAAAGUUUAUUUUAGCUAGGUAUAAAUGAAGAAGUUUCCCAACAUACUUAAUCAGUGAAAUCGGAAAUCGAUUGCCAAUCAGUGUGACAUUUCACCAAGUGAUUAUCGAUUGGUGUUGAUUUUCAUCCAUUAUUGAUUUCAUUAAUUGGGUAUGCUGGGGCCAUGGCAUAGAAAUACAGGGUGUUAGCUACAGUAAAAAAAUUGGUGUUAUACGCCGUUUUCACAAUUUUGUCCAGCCAGCAAUUUCACAAUUUAGAUCAGCUGAAAACGUAACUAUUAUAUACACAAAUUAUUGUUCAACUUCAAAACUUUGCUCAAGAAAAGUUGGGUACCAGAUAAGUGUUGCGAGGAUGUCAUGUAGUCUAUAAUAUAUAUUCCUUAACUCCCUCUGAAUGUGUAGGCUAACUGAAAUUCCCAAUUUCAUUAAAUUGCCGAAUUUUUUAAUCAUCUGGCUAACACCCUGAAAUAAUAGAUAUAUUAUGCAUAUUUGAUCACCAAUAAUGUCUCCACUUUUACUCAUUUGUGCCCAUUGAAUUUGACCAGAGGUGACAAUUACAAAGUAUAAACAAAGCUAAUACCAAGUUUUCAUUGUCUUACAGUCUAAUUUGCAGUUUGAGUAAAUGUUUUAAAAUAUUAAGUUCUUUGAAGGCACAAAAGCAUAUGUGAAUGCUGUAUCAGUUGGACAAUUUUGAAAACAGUGAAACUUAUGCAGCCUUGUAAAAAUAUUUUACUCUUGAAACGUUUUUCAUGCUCUGAGCAUCACACAUCCGGCCUUGUUUUCUGAUAAUUUUUGCGAUAAUUUUCAUAACUUCCAAUUUGCAUUGUUUUUAAUGUACGCUGUUAGCCCACAGGCAUAAAUGCCCACAGGGUGUGCUGAUCAUUCCCACUUGCAGCCCAGAGCUAAGCUAAUUUGUAAAGGAUGUAGUUCAACCUGAUUCAAUUUUAGUCGAAGGCUUUCUAAGGGCACUACUGGCAGCCACCUUAUGAAUCAUAUCUGAUCAUGGAGCACAGUUUUGCUGGAAGGGUCAGUUAGGGGCAUCCUUUGACAGUUAUAUUGCAUCCUACUUUGUUAUUUUACUCUGACUGUCUAAUGCGAGACAGAGUGCUGGCAAGCAAUUGGUUAACCAGUUUAUCUGCCCAUAUGACUAGUCAACUCAUUAAGUUGUAUUCCCCUCUAAUGCAUCCUACUUUAUUAUGUUACUCUCUCUCUAAUGCCAGAUGAUUUUACUCGCCAAGUGGAGAGUGCUGCCUCUCAAUUGGUUAAACAUAUUACAACAAGUUUUCAUCUAGGCUGUUGCGGUAGCCUAUUUUCAUCUUGUGGUAAACAUUUCUUCCUAGUGAACUCCAGAUAAUCGCUAGCACAUCAAUAAUAAUGUGCUUCCCCUCUGAGUCUCAGCAGCAAUUAUAGGAAAAAUAGGUGUUCAUAAUUUUACUUCUUAUAUACAGAUUGUACACCAAAGGUAUUGUAUUGGGCUAUAAACGAAGCCUAAGGAGUCAAGAUCCUAACACAUCCUUGCUGAAAAUUGAAGGUGUGAAUGAUAAGAAGGAUACAGAUUUUUACCUUGGAAAGCGUGUGGCUUACGUAUACAGAGCUCACAAAAAGAGAGAAGCCAAGGGCAAAAGACCAGCUAGCAAAAUCCGUUGUAUCUGGGGGAAAGUGACCAGACCACAUGGCAACAGUGGUGUUGUGAGAGCGAAGUUCAGGCACAAUCUUCCAUCAAAAUGCUUUGGGGCUACCGUUCGAAUUGUAAGUGUAAUUAAAAGUUAGAUGCUAAGGUAUUUGUUAUAGUAGUAUCGUGGUAUAUAUCAAUAUCGUUGUACACAUCGUAUAUCUUAGUAAAUUCAAUAUUUAUGGUGAAAUUUUCAUACUCUAUACUCUAUAGGGUAUGCAUGGUAACUAUAGAAACACUUAUCCCAAUAUCGGUUUAAUUUUCUAUUUUUAGAUGCUGUAUCCAUCGAGAGUGUAAUGUAGUCUUUAUUUGAAAUAAAUAAAUGUAUACAUCGGUUAUAAUGGUUGUUAAUUUGUUGUAAAAUGUAUUUGCU